AUCACCCCUGUGUGUACUAAAUAUCGAAUAAAUCAACAAAAAGGCAGACGAUUUUUUGUAACAAUUUAUUUAUAAUUAAUAAGAUAAUAAGAUAUUAGUGAAUUAAAAGUGAACAACGAGACCAACACCUGCCCGCAGAUAUGUCCAAUCUGAUACAACAAAGUCUGCCAUUAACAUCGGCCCGAUCACCUUUGCUGCAGUUCCUGCGCUACCGCGGUAAGAUUAACAUACAGCGACCCAAGCAGCCGCAUUAUGAACGUGCACGUGUUGUUGCCGUCACACAACCCAAAUAUGAGGAGCCACCAAAGGCGCUGACCUGUUUUCAGUCACGGACACAGCGCACGGCGACGCAAGUGGAGAAUCCCUACAAUGCGAUAUUGGCGCGGGAAGUGCGCAAUUGGCUGGACCACUCACAGCUGGUGGCCGUCUUCCAUUUGAACUCCAUUAGCGCCGACGAUGUGUUCCGAGUGCGCGUCCAGCUGCAUAAGCAAAACAUGCAUCUAAAGUCCUACGGUCGGAAGAUCAUUGGACAGGCUGUCGUUGGCACAGCCUACGAGGCCAUUAUGCCAUUGUUUCACUCCAAUCACUGCAUUGUCUUCUCGCCGAAUCAGCAGCAAGUGAACGCCAUGCUACGCAUUACAAGGAAGGUGCCACAGAUGGUGCUCUUGGGUGGCAUUGUCGAAAGCAAGCUGCUAAGUCGCAACGAGCUGAUGGACUUUGCUCAGAUGCCCAGCUUGCAGGUGGCCCAGGCGCAACUGGUGCAGACCUUGAACAUGGCUGCUGGCAAUGUGGUGCAACAACUGCAGGCACAUCAGGUUAAUCUGGUCAAGGUGCUGGAUGUGCAUGCCAAGGGCGAUGUUCCUGCGGAGGCGGAGAAGGAGACCCCAAAGGAGACGACGUAACUUGUAACUUGUUAAUAAUUCUAAUAAUAACAGCAAAUAAUA